CGGGCCAGAGCAGGCCGUUAUAUUAUAAAAUGCGGAUAUUGUUCGCGAUCUCAGUUUUGCCCCACAUAAUUCGUGCCUUUGCAGUAAAUCAGGACUUAAGUGGUGAGGGACAAGUUGGCGGCCACGGACGCACUGUAGUUUGCUACGUCUCCUCUUGGGCCGCGUACAGGCCAGAAAAUGGCAAUUUCUCGCUGACCGAUCUCGACCCCACAAUUUGCACACACUUCGUCUACGCAUUUGCCGGACUCAACGCGGUCACAAAUGAAAUUAGAUCACUGGACCCGUACCGAGAUUUGACUGAGGACUACGGUUUAGGAUGGUAUCGAAGACUGACUUUGAUGAAGAAAAAUUAUCCGCACCUGAAAGUCACCCUUGCCGUCGGUGGGUGGAACGAAGGUUCACAGAAUUACUCAAUUAUGGCGAGUGACCCUGCGAAAAGAGCCUCCUUUAUUUCAAGCGCAGUAAAAAUAUUAAAUGAGCACAACUUUGACGGUUUGGAUCUCGACUGGGAGUUUCCAUCAGAUCGUGGUGGAAAGCCUGAAGAUAAGGCUAAUUUUGUCACUCUUGUGAAGGAGCUGAGAGAAGCCAUGCCCAAUAAAAUUUUAACCUCCGCAUUUGGAGCAAGCAAACGGAUAAUCGACGCAGCUUAUGACAUUCCCACCCUGGCCAGGUACCUUGACCACAUGCAUAUCAUGGCCUACGAUUAUCACGGGGCUUGGGACAGAAUGACAGGACCAAAUGCACCCCUGUUCACCAGCGAUUCGCACGACCCUCUUUCAAUUGCGGCUACCAUCAAGCAUCUGAAAUCUUUGGGUGCUCCCUCAAAAAAACUUGUGCUCGGCGUUCCCAUGUACGGCAGGACAUUUCUGCUCAGUGACCCUUCUAAUAAACAAGCCAAUGAUUUUGGACUCCCAACUCAAGAAAGGGGCUUUAAAGGUCCAUAUACCAGAGAGGAUGGUUUCAUGGGCUAUAACGAAAUCUGCAAGGAAAUUGAGUCUUUAGGCUCACCCUGGUCACAGAAAUGGGACGAAACAAGCAAAACCGUUACUGCCGUCAAUGGUGACAAGUGGAUAACUUACGACAAUAAGAAAAGCGUUGCUAAAAAGGCAACAUAUGCGAUUGAAGAAGACCUGGGUGGCGUGAUGGUUUGGUCAAUUGACACAGACGAUUUUAGGGGUGAUUGCAGUGGUGACGGUGGCUCUGGUCAAGAGCAACGAGUUUACUACCCGCUGGUCAGGGCGAUGAACGCAGCAAUGACCAACGCAUUGAAGCAUAAGAAUGAGAAUCAGCACAUCGAAGAAACGACAAGUUCGGGAUCUGCCAGUAUACAAUCGGCUAUUUUUUCAACUAUUUUUAUAUUGUCCAGAAUAUUUUAGAAAGUAAAAAUCUUUUUAUUUAAAAAUAUGAAAAUAAUAAAUAAAUCUGUAGCUUAGGGCUAUUUUAAUUUCA